AUUCGCAUGCUUAUGGUGGGUUUUGGGACCAUCUCUUUCAAGAGAAUGAAAAUUCUUCCUCUAGAGGUGGUACUUGGUUUAUCGAGUCAGACGGUGAGAACUCUACUUUCGGACGAUAUGCACGCUUCCAAAUCGCCGGCAUCUAGAACAUUUGAUAUCUCGUUUUCUCUGGGGUGGGUAUUUUCAAAUGCCCCUUCUCAAUGAUGCAUGAGAUGGACCUCGAUAUCACGCAAACGUCGUCUAGAUUCUAUGUUCCUAAAGCGGGGUCGUCAGACGGAUGAACAUUCUCACUUGAAUAUUUUUCUGCAGCUGGUACUCUUCCUUUUUUCCAACUCACAUUCUAUUCCCAACUCCUUCUCACCUUUUUUCAUUACACAUCUUUGUUCAGAACUCAUUCCAACCCAUCAAAAUGAGUAAGUCCUAUGAAGAAGACUAUGACAGCCCAACUUCAUCUCGCAGUAGCGUGUCCGCAGGCCUCCUCAACUCAGAAGAUGUGAAUAAAGAUUUUCCACUUGUCGCGCCACGGAAGAGAUGGAUCACACCUGCCAGAGUUCAUCUGGCUGCUCUUUACACAAUCUUGUUGGUGUUUACACUUCAAGCGUUGAAGACUUGGUUCUCGAAGCCAGUGGACAUCUCUUUGGGAAACCUGUACAGUAAUUACUCCCCCUGUAAACCACUAGUCUGCUGUUGAGAAGGGGCUAAUUGAAUGAUAGCACCCGCAAAAGAAGUCAUCGAAUACGAGGAAAUAGAUUUCACAUGGAAUUUCUGGGAUAAAGGGGAAUACAUGGGAUUUCCCACUGACGAGAAAGAUAAGAUGUGGUCUGAUCUAUACAACUGUACGUCCCCUACUUCUCUGAUCUCAUCCAACAACAUCCAACUAACACUCAAAAGUCGGAACAUCAGGAAUCCCAAACGAAGAAGCAAAGAAACUCCCCUACCCAACCGUCCCCGUCCCAGAUGAGCCAGAUAAAUCACUUGUCAUGCUUGACGUAUGGCAUCAACUCCACUGUCUCAACACCAUUCGACGGAUGAUGUAUCCCGAGCGCUGGCCAGAGAUCUGGACCAAACACGACGACGGAACAAUAAACUACGACACUGUCGAAAUGCUACACAUCGGUACUUCCCCCUCCCUCUCCCAUCCCACUUCGAAAUUAAUAUUGUUCAGACCACUGCAUAGACCACAUCCGCCAAACCCUCCAAUGUUUCAGCGACACCGCACCCACAUCAUUCUUCUACCACCCAACGAAAGGGAAUAACCCCUCCCCUUGGGGCACACAUAUGUGCAAGAACUUUGAUAAUCUGAAGGAAUGGAGUGUGGAGAGACAGAUUGUGCAUUUUAGUAUGCAUGAUAAGUUGGGUACGGGGAAGAAACAUGAUGAUUUUGAGAUUAAGCCGAAGGGGAGUGGGUAUGGGGGGAGUGCGAAGGAUGUUGAGGGGUUGAGGUUUGAGGAUGUUACGGAGGCGAGGGAGGAGUUGGGGGAGGUGAAGAUACAUAUGUAA